AUGGCAGGCGCCCACCUGGGCCGGCGGCGGGCGAGCAGCAAAGCCGCCGCGGAGCCGUGGCCGUCGCUCUACAAGCAGCCCUCUGCGCCCGGCGGCCCCGCUGGGCCCGGGCCCGCGCCGCAGCAGCUCGAAUCCGCGCUGGCCGCCCUGCGGCAGGCGCGCCUCCAGCGCGUCGGCGCCACCGGGCCAAGCGGCGGCGGCGGCGGCGCGUGGGGGCAGCAGCUGGGCCCGCCGGCGGGGGCGGGGGCGCCAGGCGCGGCGGAGAAGGGCGCGCAGCUGGCGGCGGCGUACGCGCCGACGGCCGGCAACAAGGUGCGCGCUUGCGCGGCUUGA